ACAGUAGGCUUUUGAGCAGGGGAGGAGAUUGAAAGAUCGAAACUGACGUGGAGUGUCCGCCUCUGUGAUGGAAAGAGGGAAGGUCCAGGGGUGCAGGCGGCCCCUGGGCGAAGGUGGAGGCUGACAUGGGGUUCGGGGCGGCCAUAGCCAUUGGCCUGACCAUCUUCGUGCUGUCUGUGGUCACCAUCAUCAUCUGCUUCACCUGCUCCUGCUGCUGUUUAUACAAGACGUGCUGCCAACCGCACCCUGUCGUGACCACCACCACGGCCACCACGGUGGUGCACGUCCCUUACCCUCAGCCUGCAGGUGUGCCACCCGGCUACCCUGGGCACACCUACCAGGGCUACCAGCCCAUGGCCCCGCCUGGGAUGCCGUCAGCCCCUUACCCGAUGCCGUAUGCACCACCCUACCUGGCCCAGCCCGCGGGCCCCCCGGCCUACCACGGGACCCUGGCUGGAGGUGCAGCCUCACCCUACCCUGCUCCCCAGCCUCCUUACGACCCGGCCUGCAUGGAGCCCCAGAAGGCAGCGCUCUGAGCCCAGCCCUGCCCUCUGGCAUCCACUCGUGAGUGGCCGCUGUGCUUGAGGCUCCCGACCUGGCGCUGUUGUGGGUCCUGUGUACACAGGGCCUCUUGCAGUGCCCACAGGUGGGGCUACACUCUGUUCUCUCCUCCUUCCAAGUCAUGCUUCCAUGAAUUCUCAAGCACAAGUCAAAGGGGGUGGAAGCUCUUUUCCAGACCUCUGCAGGCGGCCCCCUGGGGCUCGUCACAUGAGGAUAGCAGGCUUUGCGGGCAGGAUGCCAGCGUGUCCUGGUUUGGCACAAUGGGUAGCCACUGCUUAUUCCAUGGUGUGUUCCCUGGCUGUGGGGACCCUCCCAGAGACCAGGUCAUUAAGUAGGCAGUUGGUGAGGCUGGGCGCCCAUGGGGUCCAGUCCCCUGAAGCGCCCGGGGCCUGCGCCCUACCCCCUGGGGCUGGCACCCUCCUGACGUCACAGCUCCACAGACGGAGCCCACCCCACCAAUGGUAAGCUGCCUGCCUGGUCUGACCCAGGUGCUGUCUGGGGCCACAUCUGCCCACGUCUGCUGUGCACCCCACAGGUAGGCAGGGCGGGCUCUGUUCACCGACUCGCCCAGGUCUCCUCCCUGCAGUGUUUUCUUUAAGCCAAAUAUUUUGCCUGUUUUCUGUUUCAAAAUGUGUGACGGUUGCUGUGGGGCUGAAGUGCCCAGAGGGGGAGGGUCUUGCCUUGAUGGUCUCUGCCUCCCUGGACACCUGCCUUAGAGGGCAGCCGACCCCUGUGCCCCACCCAGUUUGUCCUGGCAGCAGGGACCCACGACUGCUGGGCUGAAGGUGGAGGGCCCCCCGAUGGCUGCUCCGGCCCAGACGUGAGCACCUCAGCAUCCUGUCCCCAUUAGUGUCCAGUCAAGCCUGUCUAGCUUUGUACCACUCACGUUUUGAACAUCCAGGGGCCGCACCCAUGUUUAUAAUAAACCCAGACAUCUGGA